CUUUUUUUUUUUUUGGAGGCCUUAAUCUGAAACAUCAAAUUGCAAAAUAUUUGUUCUCAUUUGUGGAUAUGGCUGUAGAUGGAAUUAAGAUUAGAAUGAAAUUAUAGAAGAAUCACAAAAUACAUUCAAGAGAUUACACGAGGUUUUAAAUUGCUGAAAUUGCGUCUUUUUUUUUUUUUUUCUUCAGCAAAAAUCGGCACAAUAAUUGAACAAAGUUAGGAGCUUUAUAUUAAUUUAAAGAUAAUGUACACUGCAUAAAAGCUCAACUGAAACAAAAUUCAAAUACCUGAGUAAACAGAUAUCUGUAGACCUGCAUGUGAGUCAGUGCUAUGAGCUUGACGUCACGGUCUUGCAGUAGAUCAAAAAUAGCAUGUCAGCAUUGAUAAAUAGAACUGAUAACAUUGGAGGCAUGAUUUUGAUGGAUUGUACCAUCUCAAACUAGUUCUCGAUUCCCAUCUCUAACUAUUGGAUUCUUAUCUGCUGCCAAAGUUGGACGCUUCUAAAGGUUGACAUUCAGUUUCAUUUACUGUGAGAUGUGUACAGCAGGUUCCUGGAAAGUAGCUUUUUGGCGACAGUAAACAUGAGAGGGCAAAUUGUCAGAGCAUGAUUUAUGUUGAAGUAGAGCAAAAAUCAGAUUCACCAGCUUAACAGAUAUCUUAUCUUGAAAAAUGAGAGCUAUAUAGGUAUGUAUCACUUAAUCCCAUGCCAGGAAGCAUCUUUAAAGCUGUUAAACUAUAAUUUAACAGUUCUGGGGAGUUUUAUAUAGGAUCCCAAAAAUUAUUUUACAUUUUUGUUAAAUUAAAUGGUGAAAAGCAAAAAUAUUUCAUUAAAGUGUCCGAUAUAUACACUCACUGGCCACUUGGUAGUCCCUACUUUAAUUCUUUGUGGUAUUGGUUCAGCAAGGUGCUGGAAACAUUCCUUACAGGUUUUGGUCCAUAUCAGCAUGAUGGCAUCAGACAGAUUCUGCUGUUUGUUUAGAUUUAGAUCCAUGAUUGCGUUAUGCUGACUGUGGAGGCUUUUUGAGUGCAGUGAACUAAUUGUCACGUUGAAGAAACCAGUUUCAGAUGAUUUCAGGAACCAUUCACCACACUUCUCCUAAGUCACCUUUCUUCCUCAUUCUGAUGCUCAGCUUAAACUUCAAUAGGUUGUCUUGACCUUGUCUACAUGCAUCAUAUGCUUGUCUGAUUAUAUAGUUGCAUUAACAGUCGAAUUUUCGAACCAGUCGAACAGUUGUAUUGACUAAAGUUACCAUGGAGUGUCAUUCUUUCACUGACCAAAAUGAAAGCUUUGUAUAUUUCUACAUUAAUAGUGCAUUAUUAAGAGUAUGCAUUCAUGUCCUACAGCCACUUCUUACUUAAAGUGUAUUUUCAGUAAAUGUUUGAGGGCCCUUAUGCUUGUCAGUGCUAAUGUUUACUAUGCUUCACAGAUCAGUGCUGUCAGGGCGGUUGUCCCCAACAAAAGCAACAAUGAGAUUGUGCUGGUGUUACAGCAUUUUGAGAACUGCGUCGAUAAGGCCGUGCAGGCUUUUUUAGAAGGCAGUGCAGCUGAGAUCCUGAAGGAGUGGAAUGUCACUGGAAAAAAGAAGCCCAAGAAGAAAAAGAAGCCCAAACCUCAGCCAGAAGCCCCAGCAGAACCUGCUCCACCUGAGGCCACAUCGCCCGAAGAGGGCAAGGACGAGCUGAAUGGCUUUCAUGCCAACGGCUCAGUAAUGGACGGAGAGUCUCUUGAUUCGUUGAGUGAACACUUGGACUCUGCCUCCCUGGAUGCAGCCGAGCUGGACUCUGAACCUGCUACAUCCGAAACCACCGGUGCAGAAGCAGAAAGUCAAGGUAGUGCUCCAAGUCCCACCUCUCAGCCAGGAGGAAGAAAUCACCAGGCUCCCAGAGGCAAUAAGUCACGACAAAGGCCAAACUCAAAUUCACAUCAUCCCCCUGCCUCAUUAGCAUCUAACACAGAUGAGCAAGGAUCAUCCGGAGUAAAGAAGAUGGCUUCCAACAUUGAUCGCUCUGUGAAGGACCUGCAGAGAUGUACUGCAUCACUGACUCGCUACAGGAUGGUGGUCAAGGAGGAGAUGGACUCCUCAGUAAAGAGGAUGAAGCAGACAUUUGCUGAACUACAGAGCUGUUUAAUGGACAGAGAGGUGACUCUGCUGGCAGAAAUGGACAAAGUGAAAGCUGAUGCCAUGAUGAUCUUGGACGCUCGGCAGAAGAGAGCCGAGGAGCUCCGGCGGCUGACAGAUAAGUCGGCAUCCAUGUCAGAGGAGCAGCUCACUGAACUGCGUGCAGACAUCAAGCACUUUGUGAGCGAGCGUAAAUAUGAUGAGGACCUUGGAAAAGCUCUAAGAUUUACAUUUGAUCUUGAACCGCUGAAGACGAGCAUUGCAGGGUUUGGAUCAGUUUACCACCCACGUACAGGCUACUCAAACCGAUCCCGCUGUAGCUCCACAUCAUCUUCUGUCGCCAGCCCCACCCUGCCGGAGACGCCUGCUCCUACCCAGAUCCAGAGCAACCACCCAAGUGAAACCCGUCCUCCACCAGCCAAACAGAUUUUCCAAGGAAACAGGCGUACCUUCCACGGACAAGGUUAUCACACAGGUGGUCAACGGUAUAACGGUGGUUCCUACAAUGACAGGAACGCUGGUCGUGCAAACCACCGCCAUCAGAAUGAUGGUGCCUCCUCUGGGCCUACAUCACAGCACUCUAACAACUCAAGAGGUCCCUCGCAUUCCUCCACAUCCUCUCACAACCAAGACCGACCCUCUCACAAUGGGCUUCCCCAAAGGGUUCCACGAACACAUGGUCCUUGACAUUUAAAAAAACAAAAAAUCACAAGCUCAAUCAAACCCAUCAACUAACCCUUGAACUCCUCCUUCUCUCCACAUACCCUUCCCCAACCCUUCACCUCCUCCCCACCUACUAACUCCUUUUAAUGAAGAAUAGAAUACAAGUUUACAUAUUUCUGUCAGUUGAGCUGUAGUGCCGCCUCGCCACAUCAAUCAAUUCAUCCUUCAAACUUGAAAAGCGCUCACUGUUCUAUAAUCGCUCUUCCUCUUUCUUUUCUCGCUCCUGAUGACGGUUAACAGUUUCUAUCUUUAGGCCCCUUUUGAGAGAUCUUACUGUCAUGCUAUCGUCAGUCUCUGAUAUUAGUUUUUGCAGUUAAAGCAGACUGCCAGAGACUGACAUGAUUACCUGCAACAAUUUGUGCACUAUUGAAGUUGAACUCUUAGUACUUUUUCUAUUUUUACUGUGGCUUUGUCAGCUCUCUGAUUCGAACCUCAGAUCUUAUUAUUCUGCUUGUCUCCCAGAACCAUUUCAAUGCCUUCACCACGGAAAGCGUUGUGAAAGUGUAAAAGCAGUUCUAGCAUUAGCUGGGACUUCUGAAGAGUAGACAUGCAAUCAACACUACAAACUGUCAUUAAUCAUUGCAAGGUAAAGAAAAAAGAGACAUAUCAAACUGUAAUCCAGAGCUUUUUGUACGGCUGCUACAAACCGUAGGGAACUUGUUAACGCUAGGACUUGGCUGUAUUGAGAGUAACACUGUGGACACAGAUGUUACCCUUUUGAAAGGAGUAGUUUAACAUUUGUCAGUGCGCUUUCCCUCACUCUUUGCUCUGAGUUGCAUAAGUAGAUUAACACACGUGUACACUAAAUAUGAAUCUGGCAGCUGAUUAGAUUAGCUUGGUGUGAAGGCUGCAGAAGGAGAGUAACUGCUUUGGCUGUCUUAAUGUGGCAAACUGCACCUCUAAAUUCACUAAUUCACACAAUCUUUUCUGGGGUUUUGCACAAAACUGGGAUUUUUCUGGGGGGUUAAGUUUGAGGCUAGCUGUUACUCAUUUCUGGCUUUAAUGCUGAACUGAUUGGCUGCUGCUUGUAGUUCCUUAUUUAAUGUAAGCACAAGUGUGUUAUCUACCUUCUCAUCUGACUGCAUGGACGUGAUAAGUGCCUAUCCCAGUGUCAAAUGUCAAACUACUCCUUUUUAAUAUUGCCUAAGGCAGUGAUGUAUCGCCCUCCCACUGGCCGCCGGAGUUAUCAUGUGUGCUGUUUUUUGUUUUUUCUUAGCUAGCUGUCCAUUGUUUUAUAACAAAGAGGGCUCAUUACCUUUUGUAGAAUAAUGUUAAAUAUGUAAAAACUCUCAACAAAGGAAAAGUCCUUUGUGGUGCACAUGCUUUUUCAUAGUUCUGAACAUUUAUUCACAGGCCGUUUGUUCUUUGUGUUUUUCUUGUUAUAUGCACACGAAUGGCAUAUUAAUGUCGUGCUUGCCUUUAGUCACAGACUUCACAUUUGCCUUUCUAGAAACAUGGAUGUCUGCAUCAUGAUGGCUUUGUAAACAGACGGUACUCAUAGAGCAGAUAUGUGAUUUAUGAAUAUGUGCAAAAACAAAGUGUAGGAUCUAUUCUUCCCCUUUUCCUGCCUGACUGAUAUAGAUAUCAGCCAUUCACUGAUUUAUGGAUAUUGGCAUGUAUGCUGUGUGAUACAGAAACUCUUUUUUUUUUUUUUUUUUUUAACAACAUAAUGCAGAAAAAAGAUGCUUGGGGUACUAGAAUUAAAAGUUUGUCCAGCAGUGUGACUCCAUUGUUUACAAAACUCUCAGCAGUGCCUGCUGCACCACUGAGAAGAUGGAGGUGUGGAGUCGAGAAGUGUCUUCACAUUAAGUUACGACCUAGUUUGUGAAAUACAUUACUGGAAACGUAAUAAUGAUCCCAGUAUUUUCAAUUUCAGUAGAUCCCAUAUUCUCUGUGUGUGUGUCUGUGUGUGUGGGGGGGGGUAUUGGCUGAUAUGUCGAUAUCUAGCGUCAGUUGGCUCUUCUUUUUAUGUCCACUCUGUGCAUCUAUGGAAGUAAAAUUGAGUAAACUGAUGAAUGCAUUAGAGGGUUGUAUUGAUUUCUUAGAUCUUUUUUUUUUUUUUUUUUUCCUGCCAAGUAGCUGCUGCUGUUGGGGCUCAAUCUCAUCGUAGUGUCCAGUUUGUGAACAAAAGGCUGGCGAGUACCUUGUCGCUCAUCCUUCGACACUACCCGUUUCGAAGUCAUUCUCUCACAGUGGGCUCUUAGUUUGGGACAUGGACCCCCUGGUGAUUCCUCCUUUUAUAAUCCUGUAGUUAAUGUACAUAUGAAAGUGGAAAAUCGGUUGUUACAUUAUUGCUGCAUCUUCUUCAUAACAUAUUGUCUUCCUUUGAGCAGUUUUUUUUUUUUUUUUUUUUUUUUUAAAGGGGGGGUUUUUGGUUCUUAAAAGAGUUUCUGGGCAUAUGGAGCUUUUUUUUUCCUGCCCCAUUGAGAUUAACACUCUUUACGUAAGUAGUUAAAUUAGUGAGUAUUUGUGUAGAAAAGAAUGCAAACUGGUUUCUGAACUUUGGUAAAUGUUUUCUAGCUUGUCUUGAAAGGAUGAUUUAGCGUUAUGGGAAAUGAGCUUUUAGCUUGUAGUAAGACAAAACUAUCUGGAACAAUGAGUUAGCUUGGUCUGGCAUCAAGCCAGGAAUUGGGUAGAUUCCUUUCACAUUAAACGGGCCCAGAUUGUGGGUUUCUUGUUUUUUUUUUUUCUUUUAAGACAGCUGCUUCAGAAAGAGAAAAAACUAGCAGUUUUUGCUUUUCAUGCCGAGUGCUUUUUUUUUUUUUUACUUUUAUUACAGCAUUAAGGUUGCUUCUGUGUCUUUUCGAUGAUAUUUCCAUUCUUGCUCCUUGGGACCACUGGGUGGAAAAAUAAACAACCACUGCAACUGUGGCCCUGUGCAGCAGCAGUAGUUGCAAUGAGUGUUUCCAGUUUUCUGGUCUCAGGAGGGCAGUAAUGAACCACCCGUCUGUUUAAAAGCAGCUCUCAGGUGUUGUGGUUUGUUUUUUUGUUUUUUUUGUUUUUUUUCUUUUGUUGUGGUUUGGGUUUUAUUGUUUUGGGGGGUUUUUUUUGUUUUAUUUUUACUUGUAUCCAUCCUAGACUACAGUAAAAAACUUUUCAUUUCCAGUGUAACUAAAUUGUCUGCUAAGCACCUCAAUAACAGAAGUCACAGCUGCAAUAACAGAGUCACUGGAUGCAUCUGUCACACUGCUUGUGAGCUAUCCUAUUGCAGCUGUGUAAAGUAACAAACUAGAAUCGUUAAAUGCAGUAAAGUUAUGAAUCUAAAGUUAUUGUUUUUUACAAAUGUUGUAAAUCUUUAAUUCGGGAACAAAUUCACCCCUUUUGAAUAUGGUCCUCUGGCACGCAGCCUGACCCUGCAAAAUAGUCACAUGUAAAUUUAAAAAAAUAAAUCUUCAAAACAUUUAAUGUGAUUUAUGGGCGUCGGAUGUGCUGAUUAGGUGCAUUGUGUUACAGCUGGAUAAAGCCAGACUGGCCUAUGCUAAGCAAAGCUAACCCUGUUCAGAUAGGCAAUUGCUCUUCUCAUCCAAACUUGCUGGACACUCCAUAAGACGGCGAGCGCAUUUCCCAAAAUGUUUCCUUUUAAGUGCAUGCACAGCUGGUAGGGGGGUUAUAUCAUCACAAAGAUCUGUAUAGACUGAAGUUGUACCAAAAUCUGAGCCAGCUCAUCAUCGACGGGCUGCGGUUUGAAGUGAUUUAAAGCUGCAGGACAAAUGCUAAACAAUUCAUUAAUUAUCUCAUCUGCAAAGUUGUCUGCCUUCCUUCAACCACCCUUUGUUUUACAUUCCUAACUGUAGGGAUAUUAAGUUAUCGCCAAAGAAACUAUCGUCCUCUGCAACUUUUCUGCCUGUUUUUUUUUCUUCUUUUCCUCUGCCUGUAAAGAAUUCCCACUGGGAUAAAUCAAACAAUUCACAUUCUUUUUUUUUUUUCAAUCCUUUAUUUGUUUCCUUACUGUAUAUACAUAUGUAGGUAUAUAAUUUGUGCUCACAUAGGGCAUUUUGUAUGUGAUAUUCAUAUUAGGCCUAAUGGAGGUUAAAACAUAAAGUUCAUUAAUUUCUUCCAGUAAACCCUUUGUCCAUCUUCUCAAAAACCUUUCUGAGACAACUGUAAACUCAAGUGCCUUUUUCUCUUUUCCCACUGAUUUAUCAAAGUCCCCUCCACCAGAGUAUGGACCAAAGACAUCAACCGUCCCCAACUGCCCAGCCCUCUUUCUCCCUCUCUCACUGAAUGGCACACUUUCCAUUUACUACAAAUAAACAGUUUGCAAUAC